AUGUCGUCUGGGAACAAUGCCUCGUAUCUCAAAGAAGUGACACCAUCCGGAGAAAAGACUCCUUGGCCUCAAAACUCAGAUUCCUCGUCCGGCAGAAUCGAGACGGUGGAGGAUGCGUUGCCUUCUGGCCGCAUAACUGUUGACAAAGCGACUGAGCGGGCCGUCUUGAGAAAGUUGGAUUACCGUAUAGUUCCUAUGGUGAUGUGGGUGUAUCUCAUGAACAUGAUGGAUCGCGUGAACAUUGGCAACGCCCGCUUGUUUGGUCUAGAGGACGAUUUGAACCUAGGAGACGGUCAAUUCCAGCUUGCGGUGUCAGUUCUAUUUGUCACUUAUUGUUUAUUCGAGGCCCCAUCCAACAUGAUAAUCAAGAGACUCCGACCUGCACGGUACCUCGCCGGACUGACAAUUGCCUGGGGCUUCGUUGCGACAUUCAGUGCCUUCGUGAACAACUUCGCAGCCCUUGUCGCCUGUCGCCUGUUACUUGGCCUUUUCGAGGCCGGUUUCUUCCCCGGCGUUGUUCUGUAUCUUUCUAUGUUCUACAGCCGUCGCAGUCUGGCCUUACGUAUUGCCUACUUUUACGGCACAGCCGCAGCUUCUGGAGUUGCUGGCGGACUGGUAGCCUAUGGUAUUAGCUUUAUGGACGGGGACCAUGGAUGGCGCGCAUGGAGGUGGAUUAUUCUCAUCAACGGCCUCCCGACUAUUGUUACAGGCUUUGUAAUCCCCUUCGUCCUGCCUAACAGCCCCGAAACCGCCAAAUUUCUUACCGAGGAGGACAAGCUCAACCUAUUGCGCAUUCACGAAUCGCAAGUCGGGAGUGCCAGGAACCUACGCGAGAUGGAGUGGCCUGACGUCAAGGAUGGUCUCAGGGAUUGGACCACAUGGGCAUAUUGUUUUGCACUGUUCCCAAUGCUCACGAUGCUCUACUCAUUCGUGGUUUUCCUCCCGACCAUCAUUCACGGCCUCGGAACGUGGACCGCUACCGAGGUACAGGCCAUGACUGUUCCGGUCUACGCAGUUGGCGCCAUUGUUUACAUCACCUGCGCCCGUUUGAGCGAUCUAACCCAGCGUCGGGGAUACUUCAUCAUGGGAUCAAUUGUGUCAUCCAUGGCUGGAUAUGGCAUGUUGAUUGCAGAGAAAGGGUCUGCUGUAUCCUAUGCCGGCACAUUCUUCGUCUCGAUUGGCAUUUUUGUUUCAGCGGGCAUCUCUUUUGCCUGGGUCCCAACCAACAACCCGCGUUAUGGCAAGCGAGCCAUCUCUACCGGCUUGCAUCUGACUAUCGGCAACUCAUCCGGCGUUGCAUCCCCUUUCCUCUUCAAAGGCUCAUUCGUUCCGGGAUACGCUGCUAGUAUAGGAAUGUUAGGGUUUUCUUUGUGUCUUAACAUACUACUCCAUCUGCAUUUCAAGAGACAGAACAGACUUCGCGAUGAAGGCAAGUUUGAUCACCUCAUGGAGGGCAAGACAGAAGAAGAGAUCGAGGCCAUGGGAGAGAGAAGUCCCAGGUUCCGCUUUGCUACAUAG